AUGUGGACCAUCUUCCCUGUCCCUGGUGAAGAGAAGCAGGCCCAGACCAUGAUGCUGCACCACCAUAGUGCUGUUGACAAAGCUUUACAGAGUCCAAAUGGACACCUGGACUUGUUCCUCCGCUUCCUCCUGGGUAUUUCACUGCAGACCAAUCAGAGACACCUACAAGGUCUUAUGACCUAUGCUGGAAGUAGCUCAAAGACCAAUCUGGAAACAGUCAAGUACAUCAAGACGAAGAUCAGUGAGAAUCUCUCUGCAGAGAGAAGCAUCAAUCUGUUCCACUGUCUGAAUGAACUCAAUGAUCGUUCUCUAGUGGAGGAGAUCCAACAGUCCCUGAGAUCAGGAAGUCUCUCCACAGAUAAAAUGUCUCCUGCUCAGUGGUCAGCUCUGGUCUUCAUCUUACUGACAUCAGAAGAAGAUCUGGACAAGGAGGAGAAACAGAGAAGAGGAGAGGGACCCAAACGUCACCACUGUCAACACUGUGACAAAUCCUUUAAAACAUCUGGAACUUUAAAGAUUCAUCAGAGAGUUCACACUGGAGAGAAACCGUACAGCUGUGAUCUAUGUGGUAAAACCUUUACUAGGAGGGGUAACCUAGUAGUCCACCAACGUGUUCACACCGGAGAGAAACCGUACCAAUGUGAACAAUGUGGGGCAGCUUUCACACUGAAGAGUAACCUAAUAUUACAUCAACGCAUUCACACUGGAGAGAAGCCGUACAGCUGUGAUCUAUGUAGUAAAACCUUUUCUAGGAAGGGUAACCUAGUAAUGCACCAGCGUGUUCACACCAGAGAGACACCGUGCAGCUGUGAUCAAUGUGGGGCAGCUUUCACACUACAGCGCAACCUAAAAUUACAUCAACGCACUCACGCUGGAGAGAGGCCGUACAGCUGUGAUCUAUGUGGUAAAACCUUUUCUAGGAGGGAUGGCCUAGUAAUCCACCGACGUGUUCACACUGGAGAGAAACCGUACCGGUGUGAACAAUGUGGGGAAUCUUUUUCUCUGAGUCAUACAUUUAAAUCUCACCUGCGCGCUCAUAGUGGAGAGAAGCCGUACAGCUGUGAUCUAUGUGGUAAAACGUUUUCUGAGAGCAGUAACCUUAAAUCGCACAAACGCAUUCAUACCGGAGAGAAACCGUACUGGUGUGAACAAUGUGGGAAAACGUUUUCUCGGAGUAGUCGCCUUAAAUCUCACCAGCGCAGACACACUGCCUCGUUGUGAGCAUGUUUCAAAGCCAAGCUGUUUCCUCCUCCUCCUCAUGCCCUGAUAGCUGUGUUGUUAUUUUCUGAUGUUCUCUCCACAUUGAAGGCUGACCA